AUGAUGUUCAGCAAUAAAGCUGAAUUUAAGAAGGCACUGCAGUCUUAUGCAAUUAAGACCAAGAGAACACUAAAAUUCAUUAAAAAUGACAAAGUGAGGGUAUAUGCAAACUGUGGAAAUCCUGACUGUGAAUGGACAAUGCAUGCAAGUAAGGUAAAGGGUGAAGAAACUUUCCAGAUAAACCUCUUGAGGGACCAUCAUUCAUGUCCUAAAAUUUUUGAAGUAAAAAAUGUGAAGACAAAUUGGAUAAAAGAUAAGUACUUGCAAAAGUUUAAGUCUGAUCUGAAGAGAUGUGUGAAAGGAUUUAGAGUGGACAUAAUAAAUGAGUUGAGGAUGAAUGUGUCUAGGCAUCAGGCUUAUAGAACCAAAAAAGUAGCAUUAAAGGAACUUGAAGGCAGUCCUCAAUGGCAGUAUAGCAAACUUUGGGACUAUUUAGAUGAGAUAAGAAAGACUAAUCCUAUGUCUACUAUGAUUGUGGGAAUUGAACAGAUAGAUGGGGAGGAAAGAUUUAGUAGAUUUUAUGUGUGUUUUGGGGCAUUGAAGACUAGGUUUAAAGCUGGAUGUAGGCCUAUAAUUCGGGUUGAUGGAUGUCACUUGAAGGGGCCUAAUGGGGGUAUUCUUCUCACUACAAUAGGUGUUGAUCCAAACAAUUGUUUAUACCCUAUUGCAUAUGCGGUUGUGAAUAAAGAAUGCAGAGAGACAUGGGAGUGGUUUCUAAUUGUUUUGAAGAAUGAUCUUAAUAUAACUAGGGAAUAUGAAUAUACAUUCAUGUCUGAUAAACAAAAAGGCUUAAUGCAAGCAUUUGAAGAAGUUUUCCCGAGGUGUGAUCACAGAUUUUGUGUGAGGCAUUUGCACAAUAACUUUAAACAAGCUGGAUUUAGGGGUUUAGCAUUCAAGAAUGCACUGUGGAAUGCUGUCAAGGCAUGUACUGUUGGUGAGUGGAAAAUGAGGAUGCAAGAAAUGAAAAUUUUGUCACAGCAAGCUUUUGACUGGUUUAAUGAUAAACCUGUUGUUCAGUGGACUAGGUCUCACUUCAUCAACAUUGUGUGGGUCUUGGGUCGAAGAGUUGUAGUUGUAGGAAGUGGCAACUGUCAGGAAACACAAGAUGCUACCAUUCUUCCACCUUUGCCUCUUGAAGAAGAUCCCAUGGAUGAACCAACUGUUGAUCCAUGUAUCACACAACAAGAGUCUCAAGUUGCAGCAGCUCCAGUAUACAAGAAAGGUCCAUCAGUGUAUCAACAAGUGCAACAAUCAAACCAGCACUUAACCUUACAACCUAUAGUCCAAAUUCGAGCACUUCCACCUAUGAUGGGCAGCCAAGGAUUACCAGUUUUUUCCAACACAUCAAGAGCACCACAAGGAAACCGUGCUACAAUAAUCAGAGAUGGAGGAGAAAAGUUCUUAGAUUUAAGCCAGAUUAGUCCAUUAGAUGAUUAG